CAUAUUUCCACUCCACUUCACCGUACUGCAUUCCGAGAGCUCACCAUGAUGACUAAGAUUUGCUUGUUGGUGGCUCUUGUGGCUGCAGUCUUUGGUGCUCCAUCCCAGCCGCAGUAUGGAUACGCCCCUCCUCCAUCCUAUGAGGAACCAGCAAAGUACGACUUCAACUACGCCGUGAAGGACGACUAUUCCGGCAACGACUUCGGCCACCAGGAAGCCCGUGAUGGCUACGACACUCAGGGAUCCUACUACGUCCUCCUUCCCGACGGCCGCCUGCAGAAGGUGUCCUACAACGUCAACGGAGACUCAGGAUUUGUGGCUGAGGUCACUUACGAGGGAGAGGCUCAGUACCCAGAGUACCAUCCGGCGCCUUCCUAUGCUUAGGCUGUCUAUUUAUAGAAAACUGAUUCCGAACUAUUUAUGAGAGAUCUGUUAAAUAAAAUGGUCGUUUCUUGAAGAAA